AGCAGAGACAGCUAGCCAAAUGAAAUCUCAAUCUCCCAACGCUCGCGAAUGACAAGAUGCCGUCGGCUGGGCUGCUGAUUUUCAGCACGCUACUCACUCGGACAUUAUGCGUCAUUGCGCCGCAGAUACCAGAUUUCAAAACCGGUGACAAAAAGAUCAUCAACGGGCCGUUCUGGCACGAGGUGUUCACGGAGGUGUACGAAGACCAGGAGGAAGACGCGUCCACGACUACUUCAGAACCGCUGCCUUUCUUCGAAGAUGACGCUUCCACGAACAACGUGACAGCGCAGUUGGGAAGCCGUGUAUACCUGCACUGUCGGGUGCAUGAUUUGGGAGAAAAAACUAUAUCAUGGGUAAGGCGCCGUGAUGAAGACCUUCACCUACUUUCCUUCGGACGGCACACCUAUUCAGCGGACUCGCGGUACUCUCUAGCCUUUGAGCAGCCCAAUGAUUGGCGCCUGCUCAUACAGUACGUGAGUGAAAGGGACGAGGGAUACUACGAAUGCCAGAUAUCCACGCACCCACCACUGGUGCGGAGAGUACUUCUAAGUGUUGUUGUACCAAAGGUCGAGAUAGUGGACGAGCGGGGCCGACCUCUCCAAGACAAGUUCUACAAGGAGGGUUCUAUCAUAGAACUGCGGUGUGUCGUCAGUGAAGUGCCCCAACCAGCUCGGCAAGUCAGCUGGAAGCAUGGCGGAAGACUACUCAACUAUGACACCAAGCGUGGUGGUGUUAGUGUGAAAACCGAAGCUUCUACGAACGGCGCCCUUUCUAGGCUCUACAUAGCGAACGCAAAUAGAAAUGACUCCGGAAACUACACGUGCUCAUUGGCGGACGUUGCCGCGUCUGCCGUGUCUGUGCAUGUUCUAAGAGGCGAAAAUCCGCUGGCGAUGCAACGGGGAGGCGCUUCGAUACUACGAGUACAUCCAACUCUGGUUGUAUUGAGCAGUUACAUCAGCUGACACAUAUUUGGCGCGUAAUGGACGCGCACGUUGUAAAAAGUAAUUUAGUUACUAUAAUUAUAAUGUAAGGACGGAUAUGUUGAGUCGUUAUAGCGUUACAUGUAUGAAAUAUCAAAAUACUUUAUCAAUAGCCACGAAAGUGUACUUUAAAAACAUGCAAAUGAUUCUGAAGCAUUCGGUCAAUAUCACAUGAAAAAAGACAAGUUUAUAAGCGAUGGAUAUAAUAAGUAUUUACUUUACAUAAUUUAUAGUCAACUAAUUUAACGAAGAUCGAAAAAUCAGUAUAACUAAUUUAAUGAAGAUCGAAAAAUCAGUAUAACUAAUUUAAUGAAGAUCGAAAAAUUAGUAUAAGUUCACUAAAUGAGUAAUUGAGGAACUAUCUAAAAAUGCCAUUCCGUACCUUUAAGUUGGACUUAAACUUUAAGUUUAAGUUUUGUAACAAAUUAAAAAUUGCUCAGUAUCCACAUGUGUAUCAGCACAUUUUCCGUUAGAAGAAGUUUUACUUCGCAGUUAUGAACGUUUAUUGCUUUUUAAAGAAUGAUCGAGUGCAGCCGAAGUUAGUUAACUUUGAAAACAACUUGAAGAACUAACCCGUUAUAAAGUGUUUGAAAAUCUAGUUUGUUGAUGCUUGCAUUUUGCUUUUAUAUGAUUUUGUAGAGUGGUUGAUUUAAAAAUGAAAAAUCGUUAAACGGUGCUGUUCAAAUUCGUCAUCAUUUUAGUACAAUACAUCUAUACUAAUAUUAUAAAGAGGUAAAGUUUGUAAGUUUGUAAGUUUGUCACAUUUUUUAAAUGGGGUAAUCUUCGGAACUACUGGUCCGAUUUUAAAAAUUCUUUCACCAGUAGAAUGCUACAUUAUCGGGGAGUGCUAUAGGCUAUUUUAUAUAGGUAUCAUAUAUAUUAGCCGAGUAAUCACAGUUUUUGUCAUACAGGUCGGACUGAAAAUCCUCUUAAACAGACUUAUUCGCAUGCGCUGCCUUAACUAUUGUGUAAAAUUUUAAUUAAUGUAUGGAGGCUUUAUGUAUCUUUAAAAGUUCUUCAUAAAAGUCCGCGACACCAUAUAUCUAUCUUCUAUAUAUUAGCAGAUAUAGUACCUUUUGUGUUUUAAAAAUUAUUAAUUUUAUAUACUUAGGUUUACGUCAUUAUUUAUACAACUAAACUUUAAUCCUUAUUAAAUAAAUUAUUCAAUAAUCACAAGGAUAUUAUGGAGAUAAAAUUUGCCCUUUACAGUAUGUUAAUUACUUAAAUAGUUUCGGAGAUAAUACAAAAUUUCUAAAAGACGCAGAAAUUCCGCUAUAUGACGCCCGGCGCUUUCAUUUACGUAGUUCCCGUUCCUGUGUGAAUAUGGGGAUCAAACAUAACCUAUGACACUCGCAAAUAACGUGGCUUUCUAUUGGUAAAACAAUUUUCCAAAUCGGUCCAGUAGAUCCAGAGAUUACGUCCUACAACCACACGAACUUUACCUCUUUAUAUUAUUAGCAUAGAAGUCUCUAUUUCUCUUGGUCAUACCACCACUCUCGAAGGACUGGACCGAUUUUGCUAAGGGUAGGAGUAAGAUAGAGAAGUUACAGGGUAGGGUAGGGUACGGGUAGGGAAGCGUAGGGGUAGUGUAGGGGUAGGGUAGGUUUAGGGCCGGGUUUAGGGUAGUGGUAGGGUAGGGGUAGAGGUAGGGUAGUGGUAGGGUAGAGGUACGGGUAGUAUAGGGAAGUGGUAGAGUAGGGGUAGGAUAGGUGUGAGAUAGGGGUACGGGUGGGAUAGGGGUAGGAAAGGGAUAGGGUACGGGGAGGGUAGGGGUAGGAUGGGGGUAGGGUGUAGGUAAGGUAGGGGUAGGGUAGGGGUAGGUUUGGGGUAGGGUAGGGGUAG